CUUGACUUUUGUACCCAGUCUGAGGCUCUACAUGUACCUCUGUCUCUGAUUUACGAUUGGCCUGGCUAAAUAAAACAAGUCAGCUCCAGCUCUAUUCUUUUAAUUUUUGUCACCCCCUCAUUCCUUUCCAACGUACGAUACCGUACAGGGAUCAAGAGAAAUUAGAUCAAUUUAUCUCGACCCGGCUGGAAAGAUUCACCGUAGUAUGGCAUCACCAUCGGAGCAGUUUCCCGACAUUCACUCUGUAAAUGCCGUGUACGAUGUCUUGAUUGUAGGAGCUGGUAUUCAAGGGUCUUCUACAGCUUAUCAUUGUAUAAAGCAGGGGUUAAAAACCGUGCUAUUGGAACAAUUCAGUCUACCCCAUUCACGUGGAAGUUCCCAUGGCCAGUCUAGAAUCAUCCGCUACUCUUACGAACAGACACACUACUCUCAGAUGAUGACUGAAGCUUUCCCAAUGUGGAAAGAUUUGGAGAAAGAAACCAAUACACAACUUUACAAGAAGACAGGUCUUUUGACUAUCUCACUCCCACCAAUGCGUUCACUGUAUGACAGUUCUUUGGAACAGAUGAGAAAGUUUAAAAGAGCACACAGGAUCCUUGACCACGAAGCUCUCAAGAAAGAAUACCCAGAGAUGAAUUUUCCAAAAGAUUCACUGGUCUUUAUGGAUUAUGAUGGAGGUACUCUAAGAGCAGACAAGGCUCUACGUGCAUACCAGGAUAGAUUUAAGGAUUGCGGAGGCAUUCUGAAAGAAGAAGAGAAGGUUCUUGAGAUCACCCCUGGUCCUGUCGUAAUUGUAAGGACAAACAAGGCCACAUAUAAGACCCGUCAGCUCAUCCUCACCCCAGGAGCAUGGGCACAGAAGGUCCUCAAGCCACUUGGUAUAGAUGUACCCUUAACAGUAACCCGUAUCAAUGUACCUUAUUGGCAGGAGAAAGAAACAGGAGUGAUGAGCAAAGUACCAAAUCUCAUUUUUCAGCUUGAGAAUGAUAAACAUGUAUAUGCACUACAAGAAUUAGAAUAUCCAGGCUUAACAAAGGUUCCAUAUCAUGGUGGUGCUGAUAUAAUUGACCCAGAUUACAGAGAUACUGUACACAAUGAAGCAGUUGGACGGAAAAGUGAUAUUCAACUUCUGAAAAGGUUUAUUGCAAAACACUUCCCCCUAUUGUUGAGUGAGCCAACUGUUAUUGAAACUUGCAUGUACACGGAGACUCCAGAUAGUGAGCUGAUAAUGGACAGACAUCCACUGUAUCAUAACAUUAUUGUAUGUUGUGGAUGCUCGGGCCAUGGAUUUAAGCUGGCACCUUCCGUUGGUAAGAUCUUAUGUAGAAUGGCUAUGGGUAAGGAAUCUCAUAUCAACAUCACAGCAUUAAGCUUCAAGAGAUUCAAAAACUCAUGUCUGACCAACAAGGCAAAGUUAUAACUUCUAAACAACUAUCUUGUCUCUGUAAUGAAUUAUAUCAUCAUCUAUUCAAAGUGAAACAUGUCAUAUCAGAUAGUUUUUUAUUUGUCUGCUCAUACAGAACACAAGCUGUUAAUAUCUCUGAUAGAGAAAACCAAAGAAAACUUGAAAUAUUAUAUGUUUGUUCUACUUAACUUUGUUAUUCUAAUGUACUUUUCUAAUCUGAAAUGAUGUGUAGAGUAUAUGCAUUGAUUAGUUAAUGGGAUAUUUUGCCCGGGGGGGGGGGCACUCAGUAUAUAAUGCAUAGUGGGUAUGUGCCGCGGAGGGGACCCCCAUUUUUAUUCUC